AUGGAUAUGAAGAACGGCGUCAUAUCAAGGCACGGUGCUCUCGGCGACAGGGCGAUGGUGCUGGUUCCUUUUGCAGAGGGGAUUGAACCCGCGUGCAUUCGGCGAUCCAGGUUUGGACAACACGCUGUGUAUUGGCGUGCAUUCAAAACAAGCACAGCUCAAAAGAUAGCGCGGCGGCUACUAUUACCUUUCCUGGGACCUCCACCCUUGCGCUCCCACGCUGCAGAUCCAAUUUGCAAUCGAAUGCAGAUCCGAGAUACGAUCGUGAACGUCCUUGCCGAGUUCGGAGGAUUCACCGGUAAUAUCAGAACGGCGUUAUUAUUCAGGUGUUGCAAGGGUAAAAGCGUGCCCGUUCACCAAUGGUCCAAUAAUGAAUUGGCCUGCAAAGGGGGUGUGAGUGAGGGUUCUUGGACUCUGUUUUCCCCUCCCCGCUCUUCAAUGCAGACCGUUUUGGAAGAUCAGCUGUCGCAUGAUUAUGAGGCGCUCGCCUCUUCAGCGACAACUGGCUUUGGGACGGAGGAACUUCACUCCAGCGGAUGUAUGAAGGAGCUCGCUGGGCGGCGCCUGGAAAACGGGAAGAGUUGA